AUGGCCAGGCUCUCCGACUACAAAGUCCUCACUUUUGACUGCUACGGCACCAUUAUAGACUGGGAGACGGGUGUCCUCGACGCGCUUCAGCCUCUGCUAGACGCCAAUGGAGCGAAUUUUCCACGGCAGGAGCUUCUCACAGUCUUCCACGGAUGCGAAGCCGCCCAGCAAGCUAAAUCACCAGACUUGACAUACGACAAACUCUUGGCUGCCGUCCUCCCCCAGGUGGCCGCCAAGCUGGGCCUCAAGGAACCGAGCGCACAGGAACGCGAGGCUUUCGGCGCGUCGGUCGGCACAUGGCCUGCCUUUGCUGAUUCAGUAGCUGCCCUGGGCCGUCUGUCGAAGCACUGCAAGCUCGUCAUCCUGUCCAAUGUGGAUCGCGAAUCCUUUGCAAAGACCAACGCCGGGCCUUUGCAGGGCUUUCCAUUCCCUCUCAUUAUUACGGCGCAGGAUGUCGGCAGCUACAAGCCUCAUCGUCGCAAUUUCGAGUACAUGAUCCGCGAGGUCAAGGACAAGUUUGGCGUCGGCAAGGACCAGAUCCUCCAGACGGCGCAGAGCCAGUUCCACGACCACCAUCCCGCGAAGAGCGUGGGUAUCAAGUCGAGUUGGAUUGUGAGACCGGGUGCGCUGAUGGGGAACAGAGCGGACGCGGUCUAUGACUGGAAGUUUGACACGCUGGGAGACAUGGCUGAUGCUCUGGACGAAGAGGCUGCGCGGAAGUAG